GACAUCUCUACCGCAAGACUUAACAUAUAGUUAAACGAGGUAGAUGAGAUUUUAGAGGUUAAACAAGUCAAUGACAAUUUUUCCCCAAUCGUAUCUCUGAAAUUCCACUUUUCACCAUUCACGCAGACACGCAAUCUCUCUCUCUCGAUCUCUCGAUCUCUCUCCCGACCGUGUCAAUCUAUCUCUCCUGAUCUCUCUUCUCACUGUCUCUUCCGCGACCAUAUCUCUUGCCACCGUCUCUCGCGAUCGUCUCUCUCGGUUACUAUAUUGCUUUGCUUCAUUCAAGUUCGAGGAAAGCAAGCAAUAUGUUGGGUGUUAUAAGGCACAAGACUGUUCGCCCCACCUUCUCCGCAUUCCGACAUUUCUCUUCUUCUACUAAACAGCAGAUGACAGUGAGAGAUGCUCUGAACUCCGCACUUGAUGAGGAAAUGUCAGCUGAUCCUAAAGUCUUCUUGAUGGGUGAAGAGGUUGGGGAAUAUCAAGGUGCAUAUAAGAUAUCCAAGGGACUCCUAGAGAAGUAUGGCCCUGAGAGGGUUCUCGACACUCCCAUCACUGAGGCUGGGUUUACUGGGAUUGGAGUUGGUGCUGCCUAUUAUGGUCUAAAGCCUGUUGUGGAGUUUAUGACAUUUAACUUUUCCAUGCAGGCAAUAGAUCACAUAAUUAAUUCUGCUGCAAAAUCAAACUACAUGUCUGCUGGGCAAAUAUCUGUACCCAUAGUCUUCAGAGGACCCAAUGGUGCUGCUGCUGGGGUUGGUGCUCAGCACUCUCACUGUUAUGCAUCUUGGUAUGGCUCGUGCCCUGGAUUGAAAGUUUUGGCACCAUAUUCAUCUGAAGAUGCUCGUGGUUUGCUUAAAGCUGCUAUUAGGGACCCUGAUCCUGUCAUUUUCCUUGAAAAUGAGUUGUUAUAUGGUGAGUCAUUCCCUGUUUCAGCUGAAGUUCUUGAUUCUAGUUUUUGCCUUCCCAUUGGAAAAGCAAAGAUUGAGAGAGAAGGAAAAGAUGUGACUAUUACAGCCUUCUCAAAAAUGGUUGGCUAUGCUCUCAAGGCUGCUGAGAUACUAGCAAAGGAAGGAAUCAGUGCUGAGGUUAUUAAUUUACGGUCAAUCCGACCGCUUGAUCGAUCCACCAUCAAUGCCUCUGUCAGGAAAACCAACAGAUUGGUGACAGUUGAAGAAGGGUUUCCCCAGCACGGUGUUGGCGCUGAAAUCUGCACAUCUGUCAUUGAAGAGAGUUUUGGUUAUCUUGAUGCACCGGUUGAGAGAAUUGCUGGGGCUGAUGUUCCCAUGCCUUAUGCAGCAAAUUUGGAGAGGUUAGCCGUCCCACAGAUUGAAGAUAUCGUUCGUGCUGCGAAGAGAGCAUGCCAUAGAUCUGUACCGAUGGCUGCAACUGCUUAAUUAUCAUUCUAGUUCUGAGAUCUUUCAUCUCUUGGUUAGUUCAUGGGUAAUUCUUGAUGGCUACCAAAAAUAAUUUUCCCCAAAUUUCCAUCGCAACGGCAUAAAGAAAGAGGUCUUACAUAUGGAGGAUUCUUUUAGGCUCUGGUGUAAAAGAUGCUAAUGUAAGCAUGUAAUAUUGUCCACAAUUUCAGGAGGAACCAAUGGUAUUCAUUUUUUAAAAAUCUCUCAGCAUAUCUGGGAGGAAGUUCAUGUUUAUUUAAUAAUAACAGUGAUACAAAGCGGGAAGUUUUGCAUGCUUUUCCUAUCAAUCUCUAGUGAUCAACUUUUUAGUCACAUUAUUAUCUAGUUCAUCCUGCACUUGCUAUUUGAGAUCACCAAUUUUUUUUUAUUGUA